AUGAACUCUCAGCAAUCUAAUGAUCAUAGGAUUUUCUCUAAUGUUUUUGAAGAUGACAAUUUAUUGACUUUUAACAACAACUGUCUCUCUGGAAGUUACCAUAUGCCUGUGAAUAGCUCUUUGCCAAAUAGAAGCAAUCAAGCCAAUGAUAGAAGACAAGUCCAAGCACAAGAACCAGACAUUCUGAAAUUAAUUUUGCAAGAAAUUGCUGCUGGGUUUAAAGAAGUAACUGUAGAAGUUGCUGUUACUACCAGACCUCCUGUUCAUGAAACAAAUCUAGUCUGUGGAAGAGACAAAGCAUAUGAUAAAAGAACUCAAAACCAAAAUCAGCCCCAAAUGCAAAAUCGAAUAGCACCUCAAGCCCAGCCUCAAGUUCAUGUGAAUCAUGCUACAACACCAACCCAGAUCCUCCCCUGUCCAAGAGAUGUCAAUCACAUAAGUAUACUCAAUAAACCAGAUAAAAAUGUUAAUGAAAAUGAAGCCUUUACUGCACCUGCUGCCCCUGAAAUCAUGCCUACCAUGGCCCUAUCAAGUGAAAACUUAUUAGUAACAACUAUCUCAAUAAUGUCUACUCCAGUAAUGCCUGCCCUAGCAGCACCUAUACUAGUAGAUUUCCCACAAUUCCACCAAACUGGUGCUUAUUUGCAUGCUGAUGAAAGAAAGCUGUAUAUGCAAUGCCAGAGUAAAUUUGUGAAAAUACUUAUGUUUUAUGAAGGAGAAAUCCCACCAGCUCCUCCAGCAAUAAAAAAGAAGCCUGAAAAACCAAAAAAGUCAGAUAAUAAAGACCCAUUCGAUGAUUUCGAAUUCGACAAUGAAGAUUUAAAUGAAACAGAAGAGUUUUUGACCAACCAAUGUAGCAAGUUGGAGCUGUACAAUAAUCUGUAG